AUGGGCAGAGCUAAGCGUGGCUGGAUCGCAGGCGCUUGCGCUGCAAAGCGAGCUGCCCUUGCUGCCGUUAGCAGAGCUUUGUGGGGCUGUUGCAACAGCAGCAGCACCUCAGCAAAUACGGCAAGCGCAGCAGCCUCCUGGUGCCAAUCUGUGGACGCAUCUAUGCACAACGCCUCCCCCGCAGCAAACGCACCACCUCUGCCUUCCACCCCCCGAUUCAACGGGCAGAAGUCGCCACUGCUGCCAGAAAGCACAGCAGCGUCACCCAGAGGAUCUGCUGUCUGGAGCGCACUGCUCUUCAGAAACGCUUCCAGAGCGGCUGCGCACGCAGCCGCGGCAGCCGCUGCUCGCCAGGCGAGCAGCGCAGCUGCUGUCUGCGGAGAAGACUCUAGCGGUGCUGCUGCUGCUGCUGCUGCACUUGCGCUACUCCAGCAGCAGCAGCAGCAGCAGCAGUAUCUGCAGCAGGAGAAG